CAUAACUCUUACUCAUACACAAUGUCACGACACCGUUCACUGGCAGACUACCUCACCGCCGCGGCAGUGUUCGCCGUGCCCGCCGCGCACGUCCUCGUCGCGCCGUACACCAAGGUCGAGGAGAGCUUCACCCUCCACGCGGCGCACGACGUGCUGCGGUACGGCCUCGCGCCGGGCGAGUUUGCAAACUGGGACCACCGUACCUUCCCUGGUGCUGUGCCGCGCUCAUUCUUGCCCCCGAUUGUGCUCGCCGCGCUGUCGUACCCCACUGCCGCGAUCGCGACGGCGACUGGCCUCGCUGUCACCGCGAUUGACAUCCAGGUCAUUGUCCGCCUUACCCUCGCCCUCGUCUUCUCCCUCUCGCUCAUUCACCUCACUCACACUCUCCGCGCGCGCUACAAUGCCGCCACGGCGCGCUGGUUCGUCGUCCUCACCCUUAUCCAGUUCCACAUUCCCUACUACGCUGGCCGUACCCUGCCCAACUUUACUGCCCUGCCUUUGUUCAUCUACUCCCUCUCCCUCAUCCUCCGCGAGAAAUACUUCAGCGCCAUCGCCAUCUUGACCGCCGCCGCGACUGUCAUCCGACUCGAGAUCGCACUCUUCGUCGUCCCCACCGCCCUGUCCCUCGCGGUGCAGAAGAAGAUCUCCUUCGUGUCGGCCAUCGCAGCCGGCGCGCUCGGCGGGUUCGGCAGCCUUGCCAUCGCCGCACCAAUCGACUACACCCUGUGGGCGCCGACCCUGCCGCACCCCUCGCUCCCGACCUUCACGACUCUCCACACCGCGUGGCCAGAACUCUCGGCCAUGCUCUUCAACAUUGUCGGCGGGCACUCGGAGGAGUGGGGUGUGAUGCCGCGCAACUUCUACAUUAAGAACCUCGCCAAGAUCAUGCUGGGCUCGUUCCCGCUCUACAUCGUCGGCCUGAUCUGGGUGUCCCUCCACAUGGCGAGCUCGAUUGACGGCGGUCUGUUUGAGAACAAGACGCUGUUGCGCACCGUCGGCGAGCUGAUCAUCGACUUCUUGCCGGGCACCUAUGUUAUGGUCGGCGCAUUGAGCGCCGUCGGGCACAAGGAGUGGCGCUUCAUCGUCUAUGUCAUCCCCGUCCUCAACAUGAUCUCGGCUGCCACUGCCGCGGCCAUUGCUGCAUUCCCUCACCGCCUGGUGCGCACGCUCGCUCGCCUCGGCCUCGUCGGCCUUGUCCUCCUCAGCACGGGCUUCACCGUCUUCUCAACCUGGGUCAGCACGUACAACUACCCCGGCGGCGAUGUCUGGCAGGUGCUCGAGACGAUCAACAUCCCCGAGAAUGCCGUCAUCCACUUCCCCUCGUACCCGCUGCAGACCGGCGCGACUCUCUUCACCUUCCUGCAUGCCAACUUUUCCCCGUCGUCGGCGUUCCCACCCCACGCCGAGCCCGUGUGGACCUACUCCAAGGACGAGAACGAGGCACUUCUCACACCCAUCGGUGCAUGGGACGCAAAGAUCGACUACGUCGUCACGCCGUUCGCCUCGACUUUCAGCGAGAUCAAGACGACGGACGGUGUUCCGCUCUGGCAGCUUGUCGGCAGCGUUGACGGCCUGGACGGCGUCGGCCUUGGCGGCAAGUAUGGUGUCGAGGUGCGCGUUGCCCGCAAGAUUGGCAUCCUCAAGCGCAUCGGCACAUACCCCAGUGCCAUGUCCCUCGAAAUCAGCUACUUCACGCCGUCGACAUCGCUCCUCUUCCUCGGCCUGGCGUCCUUCUGGGCCUUCUCGAGCGACCCGCACGUCAUCUCCAAGGUGCCGCUCUCGUCGGGCGACCGCUCGCCGCUGCCCAUCUCGCCUGCGUCGCGGCACUCGCCGCUCAACUCGCCCGUGCUGUCCGGCGACGAGGGCGAGAUCGAGGGAUACAUCUUCGUCACGCCGCCGCGGAAGAGCCUCGGGUGGUUUGUGUGGCGAUAGGCGGCGGCGUGAGAGUUCGCUAUGUAAGCGCCGCGCGAGCACCGACAGGCCCCCGUAGCGCGCGCGAGCGACCCAGCAAGCACGCACACACACCCACACCCUCGGCAUACCGGCGCCGGUCCUGUUGUUGUCUGUUUGUACUUAUAGUUGUACGCGUUGAGUCUUCCAAAUCCGAAA